CGGUGGGCGACAAUGGGUGAAAAGUAGCGGUUACUGGGAGGCUUGACUGACUCCAGGUCUUCGCUGCAGCCGCGGUCAAGCUUGAGAUAAGGCGUGGGAAUUUCAGAUGAGAUGCAUGUGUGUGGACGUGACGACGCUGUAAAUGCGUUUUUAAACCCCCUGGGGCCUCAGCCAGCUGAGCACCCAACAUUCCAACUCACACACCACAACACCCGCCGAAACCAUGCAAGAAGGGCUGUCCUUCUGUGCGAUCCGGCCGAGCAAAGGUAACGGAGGCCAUAUGUCUGCCAUUCAACCGUCCAGACUCACCAUGUUUAUGCUGCUGUCAUCGCUGCUCGUGUCUUGUGGAGUUCGCAACGCCAGUUGUUCGAUAGUCCCUGAUAACAGCACCGACAUGUUCGCGUUGCUAGACUUCAAGGCCGUCACCAAUGAUCCAACAAACGCCUUAAGCUCUUGGAACACUGGUGUACCCCAUUGCCAGUGGAAGGGCGUUAACUGCAGCCUGACACACCCAGGGCGCGUCACGGGGCUCGAUCUCACUGAGCAAAACUUGCAAGGCCAAAUUGCUCCAUCUCUUGGAAAUCUAACCUUCCUUAGAACACUCGUUCUCUCCUCAAACGGCUUCGUAGGUGAGUUGCCCACUCUCAACCGCCUCCGUAGGCUUGAGAAACUUGUUCUCGGGAAAAACAUGCUGCAGGGAUUCAAUCCUGAUACACUUACCAAUUGCUCCAACUUACAGCUCCUAGACCUUUCUUUAAACUCGCUAACGGGUUCGAUCCCCUAUAAAAUUGGUUUACUCUCCAGCCUCUUGGUUUUGAGCCUUGCUGGAAAUAAUUUCAGCGGCAUCAUCCCAUCAAGCCUGCAAAACAUCACCCUUCUACAGGGAAUCAACCUAGCAGUUAAUCACCUCCAAGGGAGCAUUCCGGAAGAGCUUGGGCAAUUAUCAAAUUUGUUAUUGCUGAAACUAGGGGAGAAUAGUCUUACCGGUAGAAUCCCAACAACAAUUUUAAACCAUUCUACUCUUAAACUUCUCGACGUGCAUUCGAAUUCUCUACGAAUGGAAUUGCCGUGUAACAUUGGCGAUACUCUUCCUAGCCUCUCCAAAUUUUUCUUGUACAAUAACAUGUUUCAUGGUCAAAUCCCAGACUCCCUAGGUAAUCUUCUACAACUACAACAUAUAGACUUUUCAUCCAACAAUUUCAGUGGCCAAGUACCUAGUUCCUUGGGGAGGCUUGUUAAUCUGGAAUUUUUAAAACUCGAGGGAAACAAGCUUGAAGCAAAUGACAGCAAAAGCUGGGAGUUCUUAGACGCAUUGAGCAAUUGUAGAAGUCUGCAAUUUCUCUCACUAUAUGAUAAUCGGCUGCAAGGAGCCAUACCCAACUCAGUUGGAAAUUUGUCGUCGGGUCUUGCAUUUCUAGGAUUGGAUGGAAAUAAUUUAUCGGGGACAGUUCCAGAGAGCACAGGGAACCUUGCUGGCUUAAUAACUCUUAUACUGGCUCAAAAUAAUCUAUCUGGUCCAAUAGGAGCAUGGAUUGGAAAACUCAAGAACCUAGGAAAAUUAAGUCUUUCAGAUAAUAACUUUGUUGGGUCGAUUCCAUCAUCAAUUGGCGAAUCUACUCAGAUGACGGAGCUCUACCUGCAAGGAAAUAAAUUUGUAGGUCCCAUAACACCCAGUUUAGGAAACCUUCGUUAUCUGUCAGUGUUGAAUCUUAGUGAAAACAAUCUGAAUGGUCAUAUUCCUAAAGAGUUAUUUAGUCCAGUCUCCACAAUGACCACAUGUAUAGUAUCCUACAAUAAUUUAGAUGGUCCAAUACCUCCGGAGAUUAGCAAUCUUAAACAAGUCAAGAAACUGGACCUUUCAUCCAACAAGCUCUCUGGCCAAAUUCCUUCCACUUUGGGCGAGUGUCAGGGGUUGGAGAUGCUCCUAAUGGGCAACAAUUUUCUAACAGGAAACAUUACGAAGUUCUUUAGUAGUCUAAAGAGCUUAAGCAUGCUCAAUCUUUCCCAUAAUAAUUUGUCAGGAUUCAUCCCACCAGAACUGAGUCAGCUGUCGUCCCUCACCCAACUGGACCUAUCUUAUAAUAACCUACAAGGUCAAAUACCAAGAGAUGGAGUAUUUGGAAAUGCUACACGCGUCUCACUCGUUGGCAACGGGAGACUCUGUGGGGGAAUAUUAGGCCUACAUAUGCCGUCAUGCUCUGCUGCCACUCGGAGAAAACUGGUGGAAUAUUACCUGGUCAGAGUACUGAUCCCAAUAUUUGGCUUCAUGUCACUUGUUUUGUUGAUCUACUUUGUGCUCACUGAGAAGAAGAGGGCACGACAGUCACAUGUCUCAUUGUCCCCGCUUGGUCAGCAAUACCCUAAAGUUUCUUACAACGAUUUGGCUGAAGCCACACAGAACUUCUCCGAGUCCAAUCUAGUAGGAAGGGGAGGCUACGGCUCUGUAUAUAGAGGGAAAUUAAUCCAAGAUAAACUAGAAGUUGCUGUGAAGGUUCUUGACCUUGAUACGCAAGGUGCAGAGAAAAGUUUCUUGUCAGAAUGCCAAACAUUGAGGGCCAUCCGGCAUCGGAAUCUUGUUCCUAUCAUAACAGCCUGCUCCACAGUAGAUCUCAAAGGCAGUGUUUUCAAAGCUCUAGUUUAUGAGUUCAUGCCUAACGGGAAUUUGGACUCGUGGUUGCAUCAGAAAGAGGAUGGGAAGGGCACAAAAGCUUUGGACUUAACUCAAAGAACAUGCUUUGCUAUGAACAUAGCCGACGCUAUAGAUUAUCUGCACAAUGAGAGUGGUAGAACAAUUAUUCAUUGUGAUGUGAAGCCCAGUAAUAUACUCCUGGAUGAUGAUAUGAACGCUCAUUUGGGAGAUUUCGGCAUUGCGAAUUUCUAUCGCGAUUCCAGAUCCAAAUUGACGGGAGAUAGUAGCUCUAUUGGUGUGAAGGGAACUAUAGGUUACAUUGCUCCCGAGUAUGCUAGAGGUGGCUGUGCAUCGACCCACGGCGACGUGUACAGUUAUGGAAUUGUACUUCUGGAGAUGUUAACAGGCAAAAGGCCAACAGAUCCUUUGUUUGUGAAUGAACUCAACAUUGUCAGCUUCGUGGAGAUGAGCUUCCCUGAUCAGAUAUUGCAAGUGAUUGAUACCCCCCUCCAAGAAGAAUUCGAAGAUAGCACUGAGACAAAUAUGGUAACAGAAAACAGAGCCUACCAAUGCAUUUUCGCUCUACUACAAGUAGCACUUUCUUGCACGCGACAACUCCCAAAUGACCGAAUGACCAUGAGAGAAGCAGCAAGCAAAAUUCGUGUAAUCAAGACAUCCUAUGCCAGCGGAAAACCUAGGGAUGCCUCAGUAAUGUGAUCGUACUACACAGCAUGCCCUGUGUCUAGCCGGCAAGAUUCCUCAGAUUCAGUUCGUAUUUCGAGUUUAAUUUGGAAAAUAGGUUUGUAUACUCUAAAUACUUGGCCAGUUAGGUCCUUUGGGAAAUAGGUUUGUAUCGUGCAUUUGUGUGGCACAGUUUCUUUACUUCUUGUCUGUGUAAGUAUUGUCCUGAAUAAAUGCACGUUGUCUUGUAAUGUGGUAUUAUGUUGAUUGUUUAGUAUUGAGGUAGCUUA